UCCCCAUCCCUGCUGUCCCUUCCCAGAUGUUCAUCCUUCCCUGUCCCUUCCCAGAUGCUGACCUGCUGUCCCAUCCCAGAUCCCCAUCCCCGCUGUCCCUUCCCAGAUCCCCAUCCCUGCUGUCCCUUCCCAGAUGCUGACCCUGCUGUCCCUUCCCUGCAGGCCCAGAAGAAUGAGCGGGAGUCCAUCAGGCAGAAGUUGGCUCUGGGCAGUUUCUUUGACGAUGGCCCCGGGCUCUACACCAGCUGCAGCAAGAGCGGCAAGCCCAGCCUGUCCUCCCGGUUGCAGAGUGGGAUGAACCUGCAGAUCUGCUUUGUCAACGACAGUGGCAGUGACAAGGACAGUGAUGGCGACGACAGCAAGACAGAGACCAGCCUGGACACGCCUGUGUCACCCAUGAGCAAGCAGAGCUCGUCCUACUCGGACAGGGACACGACAGAGGAGGAGUCAGAGGCCCUGGAGGACAUGGAUUUCCUGAGCAGGCAGAAGAAGCUGCAGGCUGAGGCCAAGAUGGCCCUGGCCAUGGCAAAGCCCAUGGCCAAGAUGCAGGUGGAGGUGGAGAAGCAGAACAGGAAGAAGUCACCGGUGGCAGAUCUGCUGCCCCACAUGCCCCAUAUAAGCGAGUGCCUGAUGAAGAGGAGCCUGAAGCCCGCUGACCUGAGGGACAUGAGCUUUGGGCAGCUGCAGGUGAUCGUCAACGACCUGCACUCCCAGAUAGAGAGCUUGAACGAGGAGCUGGUGCAGCUGCUGCUGAUCAGGGACGAGCUGCACACGGAGCAGGAUGCCAUGCUGGUGGACAUUGAGGAUCUCACCAGGCACGCCGAGAGCCAGCAGAAGCACCUGGCAGAGAAGAUGCCAACCAAGUGAUCCCUGCUCCUGCCCUGGCAGCUCCAGAGCCCCAGCGUUGCUCAUUGACCAUGUCUGAAGCUUCCUGUCUGGUGAUUGGCCUCUGCUUCUUAAUUUAUUUUAAUUUUUUUACUCGUGCCACUAAAUAUCAGGCAUUUUAAUAAUAAUAAUGU